AUGGCCUCUGGUGUGUUUGCCUGCACUUGCGACGGAUUCCAUGGCCUCGCGGUCGGACCGGAAGGUGGAAGCUCUGCCACGGGUUCAGCGAUGUCUGCUACGAUACGAAAUGUGACAGCGAUUUCCACGGGCAUCAGCAUGACAGCUUCGACUGGUCAAUUGGAACCCUCUCAGAGCACCACUGCCAUCACCGGCUCCGCCAGCCAGUCCGCGACCGGCAGUCUCCACGGAUACCACGACUGCGAACCAAGUCUCGUCCUGUCAAAAGCCGCCUCCUUCUCGGAUGCGACGGAAUACCGGCUCGAUGGCACAAGACUCAUCGACGCCUCUAUGGGCAAAGUCUGGACCUAUGCCGGCGGCCCCGGGUCAUCGAUCUACAUGUUCACCCAGGCAGAUCCCUCGCAGCCCACUUAUGAGCUGUCGUGUUCUUUCCGCACCGGUGACACAUUGAGCUGUUUCGCUCCGAACAACCCAGCGAUCAACCUCCUCGAAGUCGUCACAUACGCACAGCCUUAUGGCGACAUUCUGUGGAUUGGAGAUGACUUGUUCUAUCAGUUCAAGGCCAAGAGUUACAAGUUUGUCUGCGCUGGAGGCAAUAGCAACAUGCCAACCUGCGCGGACUUCCUCCUAAUGGUAUUCGACGACAGUGCUGAUCCGGACAACGGCUCCCCCGAACUGAAUUGUCAAUUCGCAUCAGAUGGAACUCUGAGCUGCUUCGACCCAGUCUUCCCGCAUAUUAACCAACUCCAAACCGUCAGCUACGGGUCCGUGGUGGGGAACGCUCUGUUCAUCGCAGAACAAGGCAAAGUCGCCGACGCCGUAGACAGACAAUACAAGUACAUUUGUCCAGCGCCCAGUCAGCCCGCUACGACCACAAAGCCCGCCGCCUCCGCUCCAACAUGUGGCGGUGACGGCCGCUUCCGCCUGAUGUUCGGCGACGCCUCCUACCUGCAGAACAUCCCGCUAUACGUCUACGCCACCGACAAUCCCGAUCAAGCAACGCGAUCCGCACUCAAGGGAACCACGCUCGUGGAUCCGAGCAAUUAUGACCCCCCCUGGCUCACGGGCAUGUCGGCGGGCAACGGUCCGGUCGACGCUGGGCUUCCGCACAGUGCGCCUGAACCGAACAGAUUCGUGCCGGUCGAAUGUUCGUUGCGCGAGGGCUUUGAGCUGUAUUGCCAGCAUCCGUUCAGCAAUGGGGCGAUCCACGAUUUGCAGUUCUGCACAGAUGGCGCUUAUGGCAAUUUGCUACUUUUGGCGAAUGGGCCGUUUGUGGCGGGCUUGGGAUGUGAGCCGAUUGUGUUGACGGCGGAGUGUGUUACGCCGCCUGGGUAG